CUGGAUGACCGUGUGGUGGUUGUGAGAUGAGGUUGCGCAAUGGACAUCUUUCUCUCUUUCUCUCCUCUCUGGUUUUUAUUUCUUCCCUUUUGCUUGGUUGGAUCUGAUCUCCUUCUUUUGAGACUCUCCAUAUUUGCCCCAAAAGCUUUCUUGUUCUGGCCAUCGGUGCUCUUGUUGGAUUAGAAUAUACCUACCAGUCUACACAAAACGACGGGGGAAAAAAAGGAAAAGAAAUACUCUAGAUCCAGCAGAAAAUGGGGAAAGCAACACACAUCAUCCGCUUCGUUGCGAGCGAGGAUAACCGCGUCCACCUGGGCCAGUUGGUCGACACCUCUCGGGAUGUUGGUCUGGACAGCGUCGAGGGCAAGGAAAUCAAAGCCUACCUGAUCAACGGCUCGAUAUUCGCGCCCGAGGUCACCGACCACGUCUACACGGUCAAGCAGCUGCUGAGCCCCGUGUCGAUGGAGGACUGCAACUACAUCCGGUGUCUGGGGCUGAACUAUAUGGAUCAUGCAAAGGAAGCCAACAUGGCCCUCCCCAAGGCGCCCAUCCUGUUCACCAAGCCGCGCACUGCGCUGGCCGACCCCUACCCGGCCGCGAUCCCGAUCCCCAAGGCCGCGCAGGACGGCACGUCCGACUACGAGGCCGAGCUGUGCGUCGUGAUCGGCAAGACCGGCCGGGACAUCCCCGAGGAGAAGGCGCUCGACUACGUGCUGGGGUACACGUGCAGCAACGACGUGUCGGCGCGGACGAUGCAGAUGUUGACCACGCAGUGGUCGUUCUCCAAGGGCCUGGACGGGAGCUGUCCGCUGGGGCCCGUGCUGGUGACCAAGGACGCGAUCGCCGACCCGCAGGGCCUGAAGAUCAAGGCGAUAUACAACGGGCAGGUCGUGCAGGACGGGAACACGAAGGACAUGAUCUUCCCCAUCGCCAAGCAAAUCAGCUACCUCUCGCAAGGCACGACGCUCGAGGCCGGCACCAUCUUCCUGACCGGCACGCCCGCCGGCAUCGGCUUCUUCCGCAGCCCGCGCGUGGUGCUGGAGCACGGCGGCGACAUCCGGGUCGAGAUCGAGAAGAUCGGCACCCUGGUCAACAAGGUGCGGUACGAGGAGUGGUAGACGGUCGACUCGGACGGAAGCUUUGUUGGUGCUGCUCCUGGGGGCCCAGGGCUAGGCCUGUUUGCGCGUUGUGCCUUAGAUGGAGGUUCCCCCAAAACACUAAGCAUAUAUGAAUCGUGCGUGAUCACCAUACAGCUUAUUCAUACAUAUAUGCUCUCCGUGAAAAGCGGCCGGGCAAGGAAGCCGGAGCAGAAGCCCUGGUAUCGCUGGAUCAGCCAGUGCAGACACAUACACUGGAUACAAUGGAUACAUGGACACAGAGUACUGAACUUGGCCAGCCAGCCAGCAGGACACAAAUAUAUUUAUAUGCA